GGCACUAUCAGUAUAACAGAAUUAGCAUAAAGAUAACGUAUUGCCCGCCAAAGUGCAAAGGACGAAUCCCACUGCCAAAAUGGCAGAUACCACUAUAACAAUACAGGUCAAUCCCCAAAGCCAGAAGAUGAGUCGCGAGUUUCACUCGUCCGUGCUUCUAUCGAAUGCAUCUUUGUGGUCUCUACUAUCUUGCUGUUGGUCUUGGUUACGAACCAGGCAGUCUAUAGCGAUCCUAUGUACACCCUCCAACAUACAAUCCUCUUCAACAAGAUCAUCGGUAGAGGUCCCGCAGACCAUAACUGCUCUCUGCCCACAGCACGCUAUGAUGUCAAUACCGGUAGAGCCGCAUGCUACCCUUGUCGGGUAGCAUAUGGAUGGUCGAGCUGAGGUCCCUUGAGCUGCAGCACCUAGGCAUUGACCGUUUCAAAUCAUCCGAGAGAUCCUGGAACCGCGAUGAAGAGGAUGACUUCUGCGAGAAAAUUCGAACGCUCGGGGAAUCCUGGCGUUCACGCUCUUCCGAUACGCUAUGGAUUGGGGGAAGGUGUCGCAAGCUGCACGAGAUGGAGCCAGUAUUUUCCAUUUGCCGUCAUGCUGGUUUCCUGGAGGGGGGUGGGGUGUAUGUGGGUUCUCGAUAUCCGCGGAGAACACGGAAAGUCUUCAAGCAGGGCGAUAGCAGUGCGGAAUGCACUGAUAAUGGAGGAGCUAUGCAUUAUCCUAGAAACUCUCGGAGCUGUCUUCUGCAAAGACAUCAAACGUUGUCAAGUCCUGACCGACAUAAUCAAAGAGCCAUACCGACUGGCAAAAUGGAUAAGAUAGACAGACAAACAGCCAAUAGAAAGCCUGUAAUUUAGCCUCACCCCUACGGUUUGAAAAGGUUCGUAGAGCACCCCAGUUAAGUUACUGGACUCAGUGCAGAGUAGCAGGUUCGUAGAAGGUCGGAAAUAAAGAAAAGAGAUGAAGUAUAAAACAUGCGCGUCAACUGGUAUAUACAA